AAACACAUGCAUUCAGACCAUUACCAGGACACGAGAACAGUCGGGUGUCGCGAGACGGCUUAAAAAGUUAACUUCGGCUUUUAAAAGACAGGAAUACAAGUCAAACUUGGUCGAGAACCUCAAACUAACAAGGACUAUGAUUGCGCAACAAACAAUGGCCUUUUUCUGGGGAGUAUGUUUGCUGAGUUUGGGAUGGAUGACAUACGGCGAGGCCAGCGUCUCCGAGAACCUGGACAAGAGCAUCGAUGAGCUCAAAGCGUACUAUAUAAAAGAUGACCACGAGCUACACAAUGCACAUCCUGUCUUCCUACGGGUCAUAAAAGACUUAAGGGUGAAUCUUGAGGAAACUGAACAGAAUCUUUUGAUGAGCAUCAUAAUGGACACAUACAACAGGAUAUUCACUCGCAUGGAAAAUGAUAGUAAGGAUGAAGCUACAAAAGAAAAACUGGAGCAUGUUAAAGACCACUUGGAGGAACUGCAAAAAAACUACUUCCCAGGCAAAAGUGCAGAGCUCAAGACGUAUGCAGAAACCCUAUGGGCGAUAAAGGCUGAUGAUCCGGUCGUCCAGCGCAAAGCAUUGUUCGAGCUGAAGCGCGUCUACAGGGAAGCAACACAGCUGAGAAACCUGAAGAACAAAGAGCGCAGGAGACGACAAGCCAAAUUAACCAAAAAGAAUCAGAAGUCUUGAUCAUCAUUUCAAAGAAUGGUGGAAAUUCAGUGUUCAUUCUAUUUAUUCUAUUUAUAAAGUUUGUGUUGUGCACAUAUUGUGCGCGAUGGAUAAUUGUUGAAACUGACAUUAUUUAUUUGUUCUUAUUUAUUCGAAAAGCACUGUAAACCACUUGCCAGAAACGGCAACUUUUGUAAGGUCUGUGACUGAAUAAAAUACCUUUUAAAAA